ACCUCCCUAGUCUUCUCAUGUGCCCAGCACGCCGAACCAACAUUCCCAGCCCCAGCCUAUCGGUGCCGUAACUGCACAGGUUGACAACUGCCGCAGGGGACUGGGGGCGAGCAACAAGGGCAGGUCCUACAACGGACAUCUCUUCGUGCGUCCCUUCAUAAAGAUGCACUGCGUCUUGGAUCCCCCAACCACUCAGCAUCCGAUCGAUCGAUACACGCCCGGGGUGCGACACCCGCUUCUCAACACCGACACCGACACCGACACCGCCGUCUGCUUCUCACACGCAAAGAGCACACACCGGCGUUCCGCACGGUCACCUCUGAUCCGCACAGCCUUAGUAGAUCCCACUCUCACGUCCUCACGUCCGCACGUUAAAUAAGCUCAAGCUUAAGCGUGCAACUCUCCAUCAUGUCUCGCGAGUCCUCUCCACCCCUCGAGCUGGCCCCGCCACCCUCGCUCGACCGCCUCGACCUUGACAUGUGGUUUCUCGACCCGGAGCGCGCCGAACCCAUGUCCAAGACCUCCGCCAUCGACCCCGCCCUCCUCUCGCGUCUCCCAUCCGGCGCCGAGGUCAGAGCAGCCCUUGCUCACCUCAAGGCCGCUGCCCCGUUCAUCAAAAGCGCUGCGAGGUCCGCUUUCCUGCCCUUCCCCACCAAGGAAGUGCUCGACCCCGACGACAUCCCCGAGCCGACACUCGAACUGGCGCCGCCUCAGCGGUGCGAGUCGGAGACCACCGCCCGCACUCCGCACAACCCAUACCUCCCGGAACCCAAGCACCGCUUCCGCACCCUCGCACGCUCGCCUCUCGCCCUCAGCCUGCCCCUUACCGCUGCUGAUCUCAAUGAAGAGAUCGAGCCACCCAGCCGGCACGACUGGCUCACUCUCUACCUCGCGACGCUCGCCCUCUUCAUCUGGGUCGCCGUGCUUUACACUGCCCUCGAUAGCGGCAUGCUGGCGGAUGUGUGGGCAGAGGGGUUCAAUUGGCGCAUGCUGCCCGCCGCUCUCACGGAUCCCGUUCGCACAUGGGCCGUUGUCGAUGAUGUAAUCGGCGUUGCCGGCGUGUGCACUGGCGGCGUGUGUCAGUGGACGCCGCUUGUGUAGGACAUUGAACUGGACACUACUCCAUCCCACGCAUAGCAGGUCUGUAACAUACAUUGUAUAGGCUGUACAAUAAUGAAUGACAAGUUAGAGAAUCCUUUGCGAUUGAUAUCGCUCCAUGGCCUCGGCGGCCUUAGCCUGCCGCCACUCACACCCAUCCUCAAACUCGCACCAGUGGCAACGCCGCACUUGCGUCGGGCCAACACCGCGCGGCUCCCUCGUCCCCCGCCAGUAUUGCAACACCGAGCGGAGGUGCGUCCCAAGCGCGGUUGGGUCAUGCGUGAAGCGAUGCUUGCCAAUAAUCGAGCCUGAUGCGGCGGGGGAUGGCGAGCGGGUUCGCGGUUUCCGCUGCUGUGGCGACUUCACCCCAACUCCCGACGGGGCAGAGUCCUGCGACGCCAGGCUCAUCUCGACAGCCCAUGCGAGCUCCGCAUCUUCGCGCUCUUGCUCGCUGUCAGACGU